AUGGAAUAUCUGGUUCGGUUCGCCCAGCACCAUGAGACCUUCAGACGUCCGGAGCUCCAAGCCUGCGCCACUCUUGCCGGCGCCGACCUCGAUAUCAUUACCUACAGUGAAUAUUCGCCAUACUGUGUCGUAAAACUACCAGAUGAAGAUGCGGCACGCGCAGUCGCUAAGCGCAGUAUUCUGGUUAAGGAUAUCUUCGAGCUUUGGGGCGAGGGUGCCAACUACGAAGAACUACAUGCAGACAUUCGCCAACGAACGGAGCAUCGCUGGAAUGACUACAAUAACGUCCCAUUCAAGUUCACAGUUGACUACUUCUCAGGCACGCGCAGCCAAGAAAAGAAGGGAGAAAUCAUUCAAUCCUUUUCAUUCAUGGGAUUCAGAGGACCGAUUCGCCUGAAGAACCCCGAUGAGGAAUUCUACGUGAUGGAAGAGUACAUCGAUGACGUGGAAGUCGCCGCGCGGGGAGUCUCGCGAGUGGAAGAGCCACGGAAGAUCUAUCUGGGUCGGAAGCUUGGUGAAAGCUGUCGUGAGGAUGUUCUCAAAUACGACCUCAAGAAGCGUCGUUAUAUCAGCACCACUUCCAUGGAUGCGGAGUUGAGUCUCAUCACGGCCAACAUGGCUCUUGCAGCUCCCGGUAAAUUGUUCUUCGACCCAUUCGUCGGAACUGGAAGUUUCAUUCUUGCUGCUUCGCAUUUCGGAGCUCUGACCAUGGGCGGAGAUAUCGAUGGUCGUAGCUUCCGGGGCAAAGAGAGCGGGAAAUUGGGCAUCUUUGAGAACUUCGAUCAAUAUGGCAUCAAGAGCAAAUACCUUGAUACCUUUACUUCGGAUUUGACCAACACCCCAUUGCGGAGAGUCGGCGUUCUUGAUGGCAUCGUCUGCGAUCCGCCAUAUGGUGUGCGCGAAGGGCUUCGGGUUUUGGGAAAUCGCAAAGGAAAGCCUGCGGUCAAUGUGAUCAUUGAUGGCGUUCCUGCGCAUCUCCGACCCGGUUUUGUUCCUCCUAAAAAGCCUUAUGGCUUCGAGGCUUUGCAGAACGACGUCCUCAACUUCGCGGCUCGCUCGUUGGUUACCAAUGGCCGUCUCUCAAUGUGGAUGCCCACAACAAAUGACGAGAAAGUCGUGUUCCCUGUUCCUAUGCAUGAGAAUUUGGAGAUUGUCAGCAUCUCUACUCAGUCUUUCAACACUUGGUCUCGUCGACUCAUAACCUACCGCCGUUUACCAGAGGGAGAACUGUCUGAUGUCACAUUGGCCCGGAAAAACAUCGAUGACCAAGGCUAUACAGCAGAUGAUUUGAAUGCAUUCCGACGAACGCACAUGCUCAGAGGCCACGGCACCAGAGCCGCGAAGCGCUAG